AUGAAGGAUUGCAGGGACUACUUCCUUGAAACCAGUCGAAGGGUAUCCUUUGAGUACACACUUUUAGCUGGAGUCAAUGAUGCAGUGGAACAUGCAAUAGAACUUGCAGAUCUCAUCCAGGAAUGGGGACCUGGUUAUCACGUGAACCUGAUACCUUUCAAUCCAAUAGAAGGCUCUGAGUAUCGGCGUCCGUAUAAAAAAGCAGUGCUUGCAUUUUCUGCUGCUCUAGAGUCCCGAAAAAUAACUGUCAGUGUACGUCAAACACGUGGCCUAGAUGCCAGUGCUGCUUGUGGACAGCUAAGAAACGAAUUCCAGAAGAGCCCUUUGCUUCCAGACUCUGAUGACGUGCAAUCUCAAUUGGGCAUCGCAGUUGCUUGUUGA